AUGCAGCUACUUGCCGCUUUGUACCCCGAGAAUCAUCCUCCGUUUGCGAAUGACGAAGACCUGUAUGCGACUAUCGACUCCAUUCCACUCGGCGAUAUACCGUGGCAAUCUUUCUCGGUCAAAUACACGGGAGAGCUGCCUGAUGACCCGCCAACGUGGAUGACCGACACAUAUGAAGUCUGGUUUCGUUCCCCGUUGGACAUAUUCGAGAAGCAGCUGGGUAACCCGGACUUCAAAGACGAGAUGGACUGGGCGCCAAAGCGUGUAUACCGGGAUGGUAAACGGCAAUAUACGGACGUGUUUUCUGGAAAUUGGGUCUGGCGCAAGGCGGACGAACUGGCGAAAGAUCCAGAAAACCACGGCGCUAUGAUUGUCCCCGUCAUUAUUGGAAGUGAUAAGACUUGCACAUCCGUCGGCACUGGCCAUACGGAGUUUUAUCCAAUGUAUGGAGGGAUAGCCAAUCUAUACAAUGCCGCUCGCCGAGCACAUCGGGAAGGAAUUUCACUCUUGGGAUUUCUCGCGAUACCGAAAAGUGAGUUGACACAAUUGUUAGACCAGCGAUUUCAGAACUUACUUGGCACCUGCAGCUACCCGACAAUAUGCUCAAAGCGCAGCGUUUCGCAAGUUUCGGCGUCAACUCUUUCAUGCCUCGAUUGUGCGCAUCCUCAGCGUGCUGAAGCCACACAUGAAGAAACCCAAAGUAACGCGAUGUGCCGAUCGCCAUUACCGGGCGGGCAAUCUACGAGAUUGGACCCGUCAUUUCCGACUAUCCUGAGCAGGCAUUAUAUACCUGUAUUGUACAGGGUUGGUGUCCAAUGUUCGUGUCUCGUUCCGACUUCUCAUAGUAUGGCUCAACGCUUCAGAUGUCUGUCUCCACCUGAGGAUCUCGAUAGACAUAGCGCCCAUCGGUGCAAGGAACAUACGCAGAUGCUUCUGGAUGCAGGUUAUACCCUGAAGGAGCUCUGGGAUGAGUUCGGCAUUGUUGGUGACAUUGUCCCAUUUACUGAUGAUUUCCCUCGUGCCGAUAUCCAUGAGUUGAUCAGUGUCGACUUGCUUCACCAACUCAUCACAGGGACCUUCAAGGAUCAUCUAGUGGACUGGGUUGUUGAAUAUAUCGAAACCGUCCAUGAUGCCCAAGAAGCAAGGGAAAUAUUGGCUGACAUAGACCGCCGGUACCUCGCAUUUUCUUGA